AUGAUUACCAAGAACUCGUUUAUGCAAAGCAUCGGUUAUCUCUUCGCCUUUGCAAUCACAAUGUUAAUAUACGUCUUGAUCUUCGUAAAGGACACCCUCGCCCUUCUUCCAUUCGGCGCACUGUCUCCUUCCCCGUCAGCCGCGCCCGAAUAUCCUCACAUUCCUGUCCCCAACAAUCCCGUCCCCCAGGUUUCCAUUACGGUGAAGCUAGCAGGAGCCGAGUUUGUAACGCUAAGUCUUAACCUACAUUCGUGGAAAGGUGUGAAUGCGGUCAGACAAUUCUAA